AAAAAAGAGCUUCUGUUCCAAAUGUAGGAUAUUAAUUACCUUAUAUCUUCUUACUCUGUGUGUGUGUUUGUUGUUAAUUAUAUAAAUUUCUAUUACACACAAGUCAUUGUGGAAGGUUUUGCCAAACAUACACAUUAGGUUUAUUCAGUUUAAUUUUCUAAGACCUAAUGAUUUUAAAAUGGUAUAAUAAGAGGUUUAAAUUUUUGUAAAAGAGUUUGCCGCUGCCUUGGCUUGAGCAGUGCGGGACUGUCAGGGCCGAGACGCGUCCUCCGCCCGCAGCAGCCAUGAGCACCCCAGCAGUGCCCCGGGAGCUACAACUGCCCCCGAGCCAGAGGGCCCAGCCCGAGUUCAGAGAACAAAGAAGACAGAAACUCAAGGAACAUAUGUUAAAAAGAAAAACGUUUUUUGCAUACAAGGAGGAAAAUCACAUAUCCAGUAGAGACCAGAAAGUGAUGACCUCUGAGGGCCAGGUCCAUGAAGAGACAAAAGUUCUGAAAUUUAAAAGAAAAAUGGCUGGUAAAGAAAAUGUCAGUAGACCUCCCGGGAGCAAAAAUAAUAUAACAAUGGAAAAAAAUUGUAUUCCUUUAAGGCCUUCUAAUGAACUAACCAAUUCAACUAUAGCAAUUGAUACACCUAAUUCUGAGGAUAAUAAUCAAACUGGGCAGUUGGUACCAAUUAAAGGUGACCCUCCAGGUCAACACAUGAUAUUAAGCCAAGUGUUUCAUCUUAAAAACAACAAUAAAAAGAAACAAAUAAUGACAGAAAAGCCAAAGCAAGAUGCUAACAUGUCCAAGAAGCUUGUGCGUGGAUCUUACCAUGGCCAAAUUGUUCAGUCUAAGAUUAAUUCAUUUAGAAAGCCUCUACAAAUCAGAGAUGAGAGUUCUGCAGCAAUAAAGAAACUUUCGACUACAGUCCCUAAAGCUACAGAGCCUCUGCGCACAAACAGCAGCAGUGUGACAGCGAAAAGCGAUAGAGCCUCUAACGUGACGACUACCACUAAACUUGUGAGCACUACAAUUCAGAACAGACAGCUUCUGCGACCUCCUAUUAGAAGUCACCGCGACAAUGCUCAGGACGCUGUGAGACCAGGCAUCGGUAGAAGCUCGGCCAAUGUUACGAUUCGGAAAGGACCUCGCGAGAAAGAGUUAGUGCAAUUAAACACAGUUUCAUCUAGUGCCAAAACCGGUUCUCAGGAUAUAGAAAGAAAGAAGACACUAACAAGAAGCGUGAAGUCUGAAAUCGUAGCCAGGCCUGUUUCAUCUUCUAACACCAAACUGAUAGAAAAGUCGAAAAACGUUGACCCUCGCAGGCAUACAAUAGCAAAAGCAACUAUUGAUAGAUCAGCUCAGCCCAAAGAAACAGCAGAAGAGAGAAAAGCUCGUCUGAGUGAGUAGAAAGCUGGCAAAAGGAAAGUCCUGAAAAGGCCUCCUAGCUCAGGAGUUACCCAGCCGGAGCCUGAAGGGCAACACGAAAACCCAGUUGGGUCCUUUUGGACUACCAUGGUAGAAGAAGAUGAACAAAGAUUAUUUACCGAAAAAGUGAACAAGACAUUUUCUGAAUGCCUAAACCUGAUUAGUGAGGGAUGCCCAAAAGAAGAAAUAUUGGUCAUACUGAAUGACCUGAUUAAAAAUAUUCCGGAUGCCAAAAAGCUUGUUAAAUAUUGGAUAUGCCUUGCACGUAUUGAACCAUUCACAAGUCCUAUUGAAAACAUUAUCACAAUCUAUGAGAAAGCCAUUCUGGCGGGCGCUCAGCCUAUUGAAGAGAUGCGACAUACCAGAGCAGAUAUUCUGACAAUGAAGAGUCAAGAAAAAGUUAAAUAUGGAGAAAAUGUUGAGGAGGUUUGUGCAACCAAGGAAUACAUCCAUGAAGUCAGCACCGAAGAUAGAGGGGUUAAUCUAGAGUCAGGAAAACCAGAAAUGGAAAAGAAAACUAGAAAUGUGGUAUUCCAGGAUGAUGAGAAAGAGCAAGAUGACAAAAUAAACGAUUCAACCAAUGAUGUUAAAACCCCCAGUACAGAAACCAGGGGGAGUUGCUUAAUUAAAUAUAAUGUGUCUACUACACCAUACCUACAAAGUGUAAAAAAGAAGAUACAGUUUGACAAUACAGAUUCUACAUUUAAAGAGCUAAAGUUUCUAACACCAGUGAGACAUUCUCGACGUAUUCAAGAGAAGACUUCUAAAUUGCCAGAUAUGUUAAAAGACCAUUAUCCUUGUGUGUCUUCAUUGGAACAAUUAACAGAGUUGGGAGGUGAAACCGAUGCUUUCGUAUGCCGUCCCAAUUCAGCACUAUGCCCGAUGUUCUCAGAGCCUGGAACAGCAGAAGAGAAAUAAAGUGAUGAUGAGAAAUGGGGUUUUUAUUGUUCCUGGGGUAUUUUGUUUGCUUGUUGUGGCUUUGUGUGUCUCUUAGGAGUGGGCCAAGUACCUAAGUAUUCAUGGCAGUAAGCUCUCUUACUGAUGUUCAAUACCUUAUAGCAGGUAUUGCCUUCUGGGCAGCAGAGAGCUAAUCCUACCUUUUCGAUCUUAGCAGAGGGAGUUUCUAAGAUGGUAAAUUUGUCAAGUAGUUUACUAUAUUCCUUGGCUAU